AAUAAGAAUAAGAAAUAAAAGUAACAACUAAUUAAAGAGCAGCAGAAAAUAACAAUAGAGAGACUAUAUGCAAGGGGUACCGGCACAGAGUCAAUGUGCGGGGGCACUAGUUAAUCAAGGUAAUUGAAGUAAUAUGUACAUGUAGCUAGAGUUAUUAAAGUGACUAUGCAUAGAUAAUAACAGAGAGUAGCAGCGGUAUAAAAAAGGGGGGGGUGGCGGCAAUGCAAAUACUCUGGGUAGCCAUUUGAUUAGAUGUUCAUUAGUCUUAUGGCUUGGGAGUAAAAGCUGUUCAGAAGCCUCUUGGAGCUCAACUUGACGCUCCAGUACAACUUGCUGUGUGGUAGCAGAGAGAACAGUCUAUGACUAGGGUGGCUGGGGUCGUUGACCAUUUUUAGGGCCUUCCUCUGAUACCGCCUGGUAUAGAGGUCCUGGAUGGCAGGAAGCUUGGCCCCAGUGAUGUACUGGUGCAGCUGUAGAACCUUUUGAGGAUCUGAAGACCCAUGCUAAAUCUUUUCAGUCUCCUAAAGGGAUAUGGGUUUUGUCGUGCCCCCUUCACGACUGUCUCGGUGUGCUUGGAACAUGUUAUAUUGUUGGUGAUGUGGACACCAAGGAACUUGAAGCUCUCAACCUGCUCCACUACAGCCCCAUCGGUGAGAAUGUGGGCGAGCUCGGUCGUCCUUUUCCUGUAGUCAUCUCAUUUGUCUUGAUUAGGGAGAGGCUGUUGUCCUGGCACCACAUGGCCAAGUUUCUGACCUCCUCCCUAUAGGCUGUCUGUGAUCAGGCCUACCACUGUUAUGUCAUCUGCAAACUUAAUGAUCAUGUAGGAGUUGUGUAGGAGUUGUGCCUGGCCGUGCAGUCAUGAGUGAGCAGGGAGCACAGGAAGGGACUGAGCACACACCCCUGAGGGGCCCCUGUGUUGAGGAUCAGCAUGGCGGAUGUGUUGUUACCUACCCUUACCACCUGGGGCGGCCAGCCAGGAAGUCCAGGACCCAGUUUCAGAGGGAGGUGUUUAGUCCCAGGGUUCUUAGCUUAUUGAUGAGCUUUGAGGUCACUAUGGUGUUGAACGCUGAGCUGUAGUCAAUGAAUAGCAUUUUCACAUGGGUGUUCCUUUUGUCCAGGUGUGAAAGGGCAGUGUGGAGCACAAUAGAGAUUGCGCUCCACACUGGAGAUUGCGCUCCACACGUCAUCUGUGGAACUGUUAGGGCGGUAUGCAAAUUGGAGUGGGUCUAGGAUUUCUUGGAUAAUGGUGUUGAUGUGAGCCAUGACCAGCCUUUCAAAACACUUCAUGGCUUCAGACGUGAGUGCUAUGGGUCGGUAGUCAUUUAGGCAGGUUACCUUCGUGUUCUUGGGCACAUGGACUAUGGUGGUCUGCUUAUAACAUGUUGGUAUUACAGACUCGGACAGGGAGAGAUUGAAAAUGUCAGUGAAGAAACUUGCCAGUUGGUCAGCACAUGCUCGCAGUACACGUCCUGGUAAUCCGUCUGGCCCUGCGGCCUUGUGAAUGUUGACCUGUUUAAAGGUCUUAUUCACAUCGGCUACAGAGAGCGUGAUCACACCGUCUUCCAGAACAGCUGGCAUGCAUGUUUAACUGCAUAUUGCAUGAUCCAUUUUAUUUUAAGAUCUGAUAUUUGGCAAGUGUGGUAAACAGUACAGAAGUAAUUAGUCCUAGGUCAAUGUGUCACAUUUUUCCUGGUGGUGGCACAGUGGCCCCUUAGCUGAACCCAGCAUUGCUGUUUGCAGCUAUAUUUCCAUGUUUGUUUCCAGUGCUUGACUGGGAAGGAAAUAGGUGCUGGUUCUCAUUUUGGGUGCCUGUACUGUUUAUAUUUAGGUGCAAGAACUCCACAAUACUUUUAGCCAAUAUUUUAUAAGACGUGCAGGAUCUUAUGCAGUAGAAAAUAAGAGUUGAUGGUACAGAGUAUCAGUGAGCUCCUACUCAAGUCAGGCACUGUUGCAAAAGUGCAUUGGGUGGGCCUGGGAGGGUAUAGGCCCACCCACUUGGAAGCCAGGCCCAGGCAAUCAGAAUGCAUUUCCCCCCACGAAACAGCUUUAUUACAGACAGAAAUACUUCUGUUUCAUCAGCUCUCUGGCUGGUCUCAGAAGAUUCCAUGGGUAAAGAUGUCGGAUGUGGAGGUCCUGGGCCGGCAUGGUUACACGUGGUCUGCGGUUGUGAGGCUAGUUGGACAUACUUCUAAAUUCCCUAAAACGAUGUUGGAGGCUGCUUCGUACAGUGGCAAGAAAAGGUAUGUGAACCCUUGGAAUUAUUAACUGGUUGACCCUCCUUUGGCAGCAAUAACCUCAACCAAACAUUUUCUGUAGUUGCGGAUCAGACCUGCACAACGGUCAGGAGGAAUUUUGGACAAUUCAUCUUUACAAAACUUUUUCAGUUCAGCAAUAUUCUUGGGAUGUCUGGUGUGAACCGUACUCUUGAGGUCAUGCCACAGCAUCUCAAUCGGGUUAAGGUGAGGACUCUGACUGGGCCACUCCAGAAGGCGUAUUUUCUUCUGAUGAAGCCGUUCUGUUGUUGAUUUACUUCUGUGUUUUGGGUCCUUGUCCUUUUGCAUCACACAACUUCUGUUGAGCAUCAAUUGGCGGAUAGAUAGCCUUACAUUCUCCUGCAAAAUGUCUUGAUAAACGUGGGAAUUCAUGUUUCAUUGAUGAUAACAAGCUGUCCAGGCCCUGAGGCAGCAAAUCAGCCCCAAACCAUGAUGCUCCCUCCACCAUACUUUAUAGUUGGGAAUAGGUUUUGAUGUAGGUGUGCUGUGCCUUUUUUUAUCUUCACACAUAGUGUUGUGUGUUCCUUCCAAACAACUCAACUGUAGUUUCAUCUGUCCACAGAAUAUUUUGGAACAUCCAGGUGCUCUUUUGCGAACUUCAGACGUGCAGCAAUGUUUUUUUUGGACAGCAGUGGCUUCUUCCGUGGUGUCCUCCCAUGAAUACCAUUUUGUUUAGUGUUUUACGUAUCGUAAACUCAUCAACAGAGAUGUUAGCAUGUUCCAGAGAAUUCUGUACGUCAUUAGCUGACACUCUACGAUUCUUCUUAACCUCAUUGAGCAUUCUGCGUUGUGCCCUUGCAGUCAUCUUUGCAGGACGGCCACUCCUAGGGAGAGUAGCAACAGUGCUGAACUUUCUCCAUUUAUAGACCAUUUGUCUUACCAUGGACUGAUGUACAUCAAGACUUUUAGAGAUACUUUUGUAACCCUUUCCAGCUUUAUGCAAGUCAACAAUUGGUAAUCCUAGGUCUUUUGAGAUCUAUUUUGUUUGAGACAUGGUUCCCAUCAGGCAAUGCUUCUUGUGAAUAGCAAACUCAAUUUUUGUGAACGUUUUUUAUAGAGCAGGCCAGCUCUAACUGACGUCUCUAAUCUCGUCUCAUUGAUUGGACUCCAGGUUAGCUGACCCCUGACUCCAAUUAGCUUUUGGAGAAGUCAUCAGCCUUGGGGUUCACAUAAUUUUUCCAAUCUACAUCGUGAAUGAUUCAAUUAUGUAUUCAAUUUAGACAAGAAAAAUACAAUAAUUUGCGUGUUAUUAAUUUAAGCACACUGUGUUUGUCUAUUGUUGUGACUUAGAUGAAGAUCAGAUCAAGUUAUAUGAACAAUUUAUGCAGAAAUACAGGAAAUUCCAAAGAGUUCACAUACUUUUUCUUGCCACUGUAGGUGGUUUGAAGUGUGGCUUGAAAUAUCCCAUUCCAUGUGCUUUUUGGCUGUUCAGACUGAAGGGAAAAGAACAGAUUCUAAUUGGAUAUGCAAAAGGUCUGUAUUUGAGUCGCUUCAAACUGUGUCUGACUCCCCUGUUGAUUUCAAUCAGUAGUUGCGCACAAGCCGACUGCAUUAGCCUAACUACUCGAACACACCCAUUCCCAGUCACCAGUCAUGACCAAAUGUACAUAGCAAGGCAGAUUUUUGAGCGACACGACCAAAUGUACAUAGAAAUGUUAAGUAUAGACCUCCCAUACUCAUUGACAGUAAGUCUAAGAAGCGAUAGAUCCGUUCUAUGUACCCUAUUUCUAAAUUGUCCCUUAAAUUGUGUUUUUUUCAUCUUGUUACUUUCGGUUUUGUACAACGGCAUCUGACAGCUGAAAAUACAAUACUUUAUUGAAAGGAUAUUUCACAAUACUUUAUUGAAAGGAUAUUUCACAAUGCUUUAUAUCGUACAACGAUUAGCUUGUUUUGUUACAUGAACUGAAAUCAGGAGAAUCAUUAUAAUUUUAGCAACCAGGAACUUUUGGUGGACUGACGCAUAUCUUGCACGAGGUGGCCUCAAACGUAGAUUAGACCAGAGACAGAGCGAACAAAAGCAAACGAACCAACAGGUAAAAGGUUGAGACUAGAAGCAUUAUAGGGGCUACGAGGCUAGAGGUAUUUUAGCAUGCGAAGGUCAAGGACAACGCAAAGCACCCGAUUCCCACCACCAUUUGCUGUGGCAGCUUCAACUGAUCCAGGGCUCACAGAGGACAUGUCUGAGGGGUGCCAGGCUCUGCCGCUGCUGGACAGCCAGGCCAUUGUUUGUGACUUAUGUACAGAAGACAGGAAGCCAGCACAGAAGACUUGCAUCAAAUGUGAAAUGUCCAUGUGUGUCCAGCACUUGGAGCCACACCUUUCAGUCCCAUUUCUGCUGCAGACACAUACUGAACCCAUAGCACCGGGGGCUGGCGGAGUUGGGUUGGCCACCAAAUGCCCCCACCACGGUAAGAUUCUCGAGUACUACUGCUUGGACGACCUAACCAUUGUGUGCAUGUCCUGCGCCAUCGAGGACCAGCAUCGCAUCCAUAACAUGAAGAGCCUGCCUAAGGCACACAAAGAGCUGAGAGAAAAGUUGAAGGAGGAGCAGAAGGCUUUGGCCAAGAGAGAGAACCAAAGCCUGAAACUAAGGAGGUGGGACAAGGAGCAGAGGGAGAGGUUGGCUAGCUCCAGUAUCCGGCUCAUUGAGGGAGUGUCCGCCCUGCGCGACAUCACCCUGAAGAGUGUCCAGAGUUCCGUCUCAGCUCGUGUAAAAUCCAUCACGACCUCUAAGAGAACCAUGCAGGCUGCCCUGUCCGAGGGGGACUCCUUCCGCUUCCUCCAGGGGUAUGAAGGGGUGCACCAGGCUGUGGAGAAGGCCCGUACCGUGGGUCUGAGGAAGGGACUGGAGCCCGGGGCCGACCGGGACAAGCUGGUCCAGGAGCUACAGCAGAGCGGAGGAAACCUCCUGGAGCAGACGACACAGCUGUGGAGUUCUCUGCUGGCUCUGGUCGACCCCGAGAACCACCAGGAAAAACAGGUUUCCCCAGGGUUCCCUCCCACCACCACGUUGACCUUUGACCCCAAGAGCUUGGGAAGGGGCAUGUCUCUGUCCCAGGACCACAGGAAAGUGUUCUACACCCCCCUUGCCAAACUCACCACCCAUACUCUUCUGUGCCAGGAUAGCUGCUCUGAUGCCAACCCUAGGUGGGUGGUCAAAUUCUCUGAGGACUGUGAUUGGACCGUUGGCGUAUGUGACAAGGAGGCUGCUGGGAAUUUCAAUAACGGCCAUGUCUAUGCUCUGCGCUGGCAGAAGGACCAACUGAGCUCUGUUUGCACUCAGUACUAUGACAGUAUUAGGCGUAGUGACGGGAUGACCUAUACAGAUAAACCUCCACAGGCACACGUCGAUUCUCAGUUUAUCUAUCUUCCUGGGAAAACUGCAGCUCAACCUGAAACAAUACCCCAUCCCAUAGAAUUAGAAGUGUUCUGGGACAAAACCUCCCCACCAUCUCUGUCCUUCUACAGCAGGGGCAGAUAUCACCAGAGGACGGAACUGCACAGAAUGGAGAUGGAGCAUCAUCAGGGUGACCUAACUCCCUUUGUCACCCUGGGAACAGGAAGUAGCCCAGUCAGUGCCAGACAGUAUAGAGAGUACAGUCAACCAGAGCAGCAGUGGAGGUGCCCAUGUGGAGAGGUCCAUCAGAUUCAGCAGCAGUCUUCCCAGCACCAGCAUGGGUCUUCUGAGUGCAAGUGUGAGAGGGUUAUCGGUACGCCGUAUAUAGAGGUGUUUUGUCAGCUUGUGUAAUGUAGGCAAUUUCUUAAGUGUAUUGAGUUCAGUUUGGAUCCCGACUUGUGUGUUGUUGUUGUUGGUACUGUAGGAUUCUAAUGUGUGUUGGACUCACUGGUUGGAUUUGAGUUUACAUGCAAGGCAGGACUUUGUCUCCCCCUGUAACUCAAGUCAGCCACCUAUCACAACGUUGUCCCAAUGUUCCAAGAACUUUCACUUUUUCAUGUCCCUUAAUCACAUUUUUCUGACCUCAUUAUUGUACAAUAAAUAAUGUAAAUAGUCAAUUGACUUAAUGUAAAUGCUGAUGUUUCUGUUCAGAUAUUUUCAACUGGGUCAUUUACAAACAUGUCUGAGAAGUACAUUCUGAUUUUCUUAACAGUUUGACAUUUUAACAAACUGUAAAAUUAAUAUCUGUGCUGUAUGUUGUAUAUACGGGUGGAUCUUUAAUGGGCAUGUUUAGAUUUAAUGCUAAAAUGAAAAAUAAACAAUGAACUCUGGAAUACAAA